AUUAUUGAUACAAUCUUGCUAAUUUGCUAUGAACUCAUUAUAAAUGCUAGUCCAAUUUCUUAAUGGCUAGUUGGAGAAUUGCUUUUGUGGGUUGACCCACGACCCAACCGCACGCAUCCGCCACCCACCCAACCCAAUCCCGCAGAAGUAUGUGGGUGGAUUGCGGGUCACAAUUAUUCCAACUCGCUAGUAAGCGGGUGGGUCAAUUUGAAACCAAAACCCACCCAACCCGCCCAUUGCCCACUCCUACUAACUAACACACAUUGAGUUAGAGAACGACAUAAAUUUCUAUGUUAUGUAAAUUCAUGUGUCCUUUAUUUUCUUGUUGAUCGUUGUUUUACUUAUUAUUAUCGAUUGUCCCAGUUCGUGUGUGUGGCAUUUUUCUCAUGUGUCUAAUUUUGCCGAAAACGGAAUGAACUGGUCAACUGAUCAUUAUCUCCUAAAAAGAAAGUUAAGUGACCAUUUUGUUCAUGAUCCCAAAAUUGAGUGACCGUAUAUGUGAUUCAGAUUAACCCCAUGAAUUCGCUCCUCCCAUUCCCAGGGUCCCACAAAUUUCCCAUGGUCAAAAAAGGAAGAAAGGAAGGACCAAGGAGGAGAGUGAAAACAGGGGAAAAGCAAAGCAAAGGAGAAAAAUGAAAAUGAAAUGAGUCACUCCCAUUAAUGCAAGCAGAGACUCCCACGCACAAAAUUAUACAAACACUUUCCCUUUCCCCCUCUCUUUCUGACUCGCACUCGCAUCAGACUCUGCUCUCUCUCACUCUCUCUCCCUCACAUGUCCAAAACCAGAACCUGCAACUGCAGCACCACCACGCCAUCCCUCCUCUAGUCCCUCUUUCUCUUCCCCAUCUCACAUUUUGCAGUACAACACCCACCCCCAUCGUCCCAAUUACUUCGCCAUUGAUUGCUCACUGCGAAGUCAAGAAAAAAAACUAAAAAACCCCACUCAAUCGCCUUUCUUCCUUCCUCCUCUGCUCUCUUCUUCCUUUCCCCUGUUUUCUCCACUCACUCUACUGCUCUCCCUUUCUUUCUUUUUAUAAAGAGACCCGCUAUCAGCUCCGCCCUUCCUUUCCCCUGGUUUGGUUGCUUCCCUUUUCGUCAUAUUCUGGCUCUCCCGACUAUGGAAGCUUUCACCUUGCUCAAGUACUGGCGCGGCGGCGGAGGAGCUGUCUCCCUGCCCUCUCCUUCCCCUCCUCCCCCUCCUCCUCCUCCCACUCUUCUUCCCGCCCGUCACAACACUACCACCAUUGUCACUUCCGCCUUCCCCGACGACAAUGCUGCGCCGCCGCCAUCCACCGACGAGGAUUCCAGCGCCGCCGGCGACGAUGGGCCUUUCUUCGACUUGGAGUUCGCGGUUGGGGAGGUGGGAGACGACGAUGGCGAGGAAGAGGAAGAGGGGCAGAGGAAGGGGGCUGAUUCCUCCGCCGAUUCUGAUUCCGACGGCGGUGGCGACGGAGAAGAGGGGGAGUUCGAUUUCACGCUCUCGUCGGCUUCCAGCUGCAACGACCGUGCGGACCCCACCGGCCAACUGGCACUAUCCCCUUCCGACGAGAUGUUCUUCAAGGGAACGUUGCUGCCGAUGAUGGAGUCUUCCGACGCUAUGAACCCUAAAUCUCAGAGGAUCCCUGUCUCCCUGCUCAAAUCCGCCACCAAAUUCAGGGUUUUCUUGCUGGGAUUCAAGAAAUCCAACAAGGCAAAAAUCCCCGGUGAACAGAAAUCGGCCGAUUCCGUUGUAGAUGUGGAUACAGCGGCGGCGGAGCAGCAGAAAGAGGAAGAAGGAAAUGGAAAUGGAAAUGGAAAUGGGAGGCAGGGGAAGCUUUUCACCGUCAAGUUCAAAGUCGAGGAUGUUCCAAUUGUGUCUCUGUUCACCAGAGACAACAGUAGUAAGAGCGGCAACAAGUCAUCGUUGCAGCAGAAGGAACAGAGUGGUGGUGUUGGCGAUAACAAUUCCGGCGACGCUUCUUCCGCGGCGGCGGAAGAGAGGCAGAGGUUCUCCAAGGAGGCAUUGCAGAAGUACUUGAAGAAAGUGAAGCCUCUCUACGUCCGCGUUUCGAAACGGUACGGGGAAAAGCUUGGAUUCUCUGGUCAACUGAGUCUAGGUUCAAAUGUUGCUAAAUCCUCGGCGGCGACGGCGGAAGCGGUUGGGGUUACUCCUCCUGUUCCGGCGAUUCUGAAGGCUUCCCCGUCGAAGUCGUCCUCGUCGUCGUCGGAGAAGGUUCAGCAGGAGGCUGGAACAGUCAACUGUGUGGGUCAACAGAACGUGAAGGGAGCAGCGAAACAGGGGAAUUUGCAGGCAGGACUAAGAGUCAUGUGCAAGCACUUGGGGAAAAGCCGAUCCGCUUCUUCCGCCGUGGCGGCGGCUCCUCCUCCGCCUACGGCUGCAGCAUCGAAUCGGAGAGACGACUCGUUGCUGCAGCAGCAAGAUGGGAUUCAGAGCGCCAUUCUUCAUUGCAAGAGAUCCUUCAAUGCCUCUCGAGAUUCAGAAUAUUCAAGGUCGGCGAGCGGGUCAUCUUCGUCGCCUGAGAAAUCCGGCGAGUCGUCGGGGAAAGAUUCCGGUGGUGAUGAUGGGAAAGCAUCAAGUGGGCCUGUGGUCCGAUAAUAAUACCACAGCCUAGGAGUUCGCGUAAUCAAAUCAAUCAGUUAAAUAUGGAUAACUUUAAGUACAUGUUUUUGUCUCUGUAAAUGUGCCGCGGUUGUUUGAAUUAGUUGUUAAUCUAUAGCUUUAGUGCAGUUAAUUUAGGUGAUUAAGUAAAGUGAAUAGAGAGAGUAGAGGAGGUCGUACUGCUGUGCCGAUUGUAAUGUCAGUGGCUUAGUAAUUAGUAUUCUGGAGACCAAAUGUUUCCAGUGCAAGUUCAAGUAAACCAAAAGGCUCUCAAUCUCUUAUGUAUGUAGCUUGUAGCAUCAUAAUUCAGUGAGGCAAGCGUGCCGAUAGAGGUUGAGAUCAGCGCGUACUAACACCAUCACAAGAUGCGAAUUUCAAUCCAAUACAUCAAUCCAUUAAAAAUAUCCACCUAAUCCAAUCCAUUUAAAUCCAAUCCAUUUUAUCCAAAUCCAAUUGGAUUGGUGGAUUUAUGGAUUGGAUCCAUGGAUCAUUGGCAAUUACGGUUUAGUACCUAUAAUUUUUAUUUUUUACAUUUUGGUACCUAAAAUUUAAUUCUUUAUACGAAAAAUAUCAUUGGAAAUUACGUUUUGAUACCUAAAAAUUUUCAUUAUGACAUUUUAGUACCUAAACUUUUUACAUUUUACAUAUUGGUCCUUGGUUGAGGAUAUCAUUUGGAUUCAUGGAUAAUCCACCAAUCCACUUGAUCCAAUCCAUCAAUCCAUCAAUCCAUUAGAUCCAAUCCAUUUGAUCCAUGGAUCCACCAAUCCAAUCCACCAAUCCACCAAUCCAAUCCAUUUGCCACCUCUAGAUGCGAUCUUUGUCAUCGCACGCACAUUUUAUUUAUAACUGUGCUAAUGCUUGCAUCUAAUGUAUGAAAUCGCGAGACCGAGCAAUCUGGUAAUAUUGACUCGUGUUAACCCCAACCAACCCCAAGAGCAUGCUGGUAAGAUUCAACAAAAAUGGCAAUGCUCGAGGACCAUCAACCCAACCACCACAGGAAAGUGAGGAUAGGGUUUCUUCUGCAUUGAUGUUGGUUCAUACUUGAUAGUUGUGGGGGUGGGGAGUGAAGUGAAGUGAAGAAGAAGAAGAAGAGGAGGAGUUGGGGGGUGGUUUGGUCAAUUCAAGUUAAUUGCAAGGAUUUGUGUCUUUUUGCGGUCAGAGAUGGCAGGAGAAAGUGGCAGUGCUUAAACAGUAAAAAAGUAAGAAAGGGUUUUGUUUUCUUUCUCUCGACAGAAUGGCAGAGGAGGGGCGGGAGGGUGGAGAAGACAGACAGAGAUAUAACAAUACAGACACCAAAAACAAAGUUCAGUCCCUCCCUCUCUCUGGUUUAGCAAAGCUUGUUCAUGGAGAUUUGGGAUUUCUGUUGAGCUGUUUUUAGGGGGUGUUUGCUUUGAUGUGAUCAGUGGUCCAAUGAAGUUAUUUGGUUGAUGUUUCGGAUCUCGAUUUUGUGUGUGUGUUACUGCAAAGUCCGGUGAUCAAUGAUUCAUAAUAGUUUCUCAGCUACUGCUGACCAUGAUGCGUCCCAUCCACACAAGGCAGUGAAACAAAAUGAUUCAGUAGUAAAGUUCAUUACAAUUGUCAUCUAGAAAUCCAAGGAAAAGUUAUUUUGUCAAUUUAGGUGACAAAACACCUAAUACCAGUUUAUUCACGCAUUUUUUUUGUUCAUUCACGCUAUUUAGUGCGUAUUCACGUAAUACUAUGCUUAUUCACGUAAGAGUGUAAGUUAUUCACGUAAGUGUAUAAGUUAUUCACGUAAAUGAAAAAUCAGACUUUUUCCCCUAAUAAUUUGUAUUGGCUAUAUUUUAAGGAAUUAAAUUUGGAUUCUCAAUUAAUUUGUAAAAAUAUAUUGCACUUAUCAUAAUCUACACAAUGACAUCCAUUUUGAUAUAUUUCAAAGUUUAAAAUUUAAUUUUACAAUGGCGUGAAUAAAUAACAAUACAUGUGAAUAAAUACCAGGUUGCGUG